CGAUAGUAUCGGCCGGUAAUGCAGUUGGAGUUGUAUAAAGUUUAGAGUAGGCAUGUGGUGUGAGCGCGAGGAGCGGUGCCGCUGAGCGCGCGAUGUGUCGCUCGGAGCGCGCUCGCGCCCGCGCCCGCGUCCGCGCUCGCGCCACGGCCGCGCGAUGAGCGCGCGUCGCACGCCGCGUGGUCGCCUGCACGCGCGCCAGCUCGCCAGGUCUCUCGUCGUGCCGCUUCUCAUCACACUCGCACAUGCACAAAGCGAGCGUGCGGCAGCGGCUGAUCGACUGGAAAACGUGACGCACACCGUGUCGCGGAUUCUCGACGGAUACGACAUACGACUCCGACCUAACUUUGGUGGUGAUCCCUUGUAUGUCGGAAUGGAUUUGACUAUUGCAAGUUUUGAUGCUAUAUCAGAAGUGAAUAUGGAUUACACAAUAACCCUUUACUUAAAUCAGUAUUGGAAAGAUGAAAGGCUGGCUUUUGGUUUGCCCGAAGAGAUUUUGACUCUAUCGGGAGACUUCGCCGAUAGGAUUUGGGUGCCGGAUACGUUUUUUGCAAAUGAUAAGAAUAGCUUCCUUCACGAUGUGACGGAGCGCAACAAGCUGGUGCGGCUGGGCGGCGAUGGCAGCAUCACCUACGGCAUGCGCUUCACCGCUACACUCGCCUGCAUGAUGGACCUCCACUACUACCCCCUCGACAGUCAGAACUGCACCGUCGAGAUUGAAAGCUAUGGAUACACGGUAUCUGACGUGGUAAUGUACUGGAAGGAUACUCCUGUCCGUGGUGUAGAAGAUGCUGAGUUACCACAAUUCACCAUCCUUGGUCAUGAGACUAACGACAGAAAGGAAAAAUUGGCAACAGGAGUGUAUCAGCGACUAUCGCUAAGCUUCAAAUUGCGAAGGAACAUCGGAUACUUCGUGUUUCAAACAUACUUACCUAGUAUUUUAAUUGUAAUGCUCUCAUGGGUAUCAUUUUGGAUAAACCACGAGGCAACUUCAGCCAGAGUCGCUUUAGGUAUCACAACUGUACUCACCAUGACCACAAUAAGUACCGGGGUGCGAAGCAGCUUACCAAGAAUAUCUUACGUGAAAGCCAUAGACAUAUACCUGGUGAUGUGCUUCGUAUUCGUCUUCGCCGCUCUGCUGGAGUACGCAGCAGUUAACUACACGUACUGGGGCGCCAGAGCUCGGAAGCGGGCCAAGUUAAAGAACCGAGAUCAGAUGUCUACCAGCACCAGCGUUGAAAAGGACCUGAAAUGCUCCGGCGGAUCACGUUCUCCGGAAGAAAUCAUAGCGCUUCGAGAAUGUACCACUAGUGCUGGCAGAGUGUCACCUCUACUGGGCCUGCGAUCGAAACCUUUACCAGCAGCUACGGGGGCCCCUCCAUCCCUGAGAUUGCAGCGCGACCAUGCACAACUCCGCUACAGGACAAGACCUCACUCCAGAAAUUCUAGAAAUGGAUCUACAGGAAAACCGAAGGUGAUACACGCAUUACGUCGCGGCGCUACAGUUAUCAAGGCUUCGAUGCCGAAAAUACGCGAUGUUAACGUAAUAGACACCUAUUCCCGAGUAGUGUUCCCCGUCUGUUUCCUUAUAUUCAAUGCUGUGUACUGGGUAUUCUAUAUUUUUGAUUAAACUAAGCAAUGUAUUGAAAUUGAUGUAUGUAACGUGAACUAUUGAAAUUAGGUAUUAAAUACUUCUUUGUAACAAUUACCAAUGUUACGUGUCUCUUUAUCCAUAAUUUUAAGUAUUAUAAUUUUUAUGAAACAAAAUCCAGUGCGUGUAAGUGAAAUGUAUGCGUUGUUUAUAUUCUAAGUAGAUUUGAAUGUAAGUAGGUGAUAGCAUAUCGCAACUGCCACUAUUUAGUUUAUUACGAGGUAAAUGAGCGUAAGCAUGGAAUAUUUUAAAUGCUUAUUUACUUCUAAUCACUGUCCUAUUAACUUAUAUAUUGUUAUUGUGAAGUUGCUAUAACUUUAAACUAUUUA